AUGCGAUGGCAGGAAUUGCUGGCGGGAGAAGAUGAUGAUAUGUUUGAGGGGGCUGCCGCAAGGACCACGACGCGAAAGAAGACGGAUGAGGAUGGGGAGGUGACGAAGUCGAAAAACUUCAAAGGGCCAAAAGCUGUCGAAUUAUAUUUGAAGGCUCUUCAACUUAUCCUACGGCAUCAAAUUUGGUUCCUGACCCACGAGAAAGGCUUACCAGCGGAACUUGAAACCGUCGUCUUCGAUCUGUGGGCCCUCCGGAUCCUGCAAUUUGGAGACAAGAUAUCCGAAGAUAACGAGGAGCUACACUCAUCACAAGCGUUCAGUUCUAUAGACGACGACGCGGAGGCUGUAGGAGAUGGGCCAAGAUUCGGAAAGCGGGAGAGAAAGUUUAAGGGCAUUCCUGGCCUAAUCGAUUGCCUGGCUCUAUGUUAUCUGGGUAUCACCACGCUUCGGUUACCUGUUACGCCUGGCGAUAUCUAUGCAUGGACAGCAGAAGGAAAGAUGGCCUAUCUGGGGGCCAUCAAGUAUCUCCCACCAGCUAUGAGAGACCGAUUACCGGCAAACUACCACGCUGUUUUGGAUCCGAACGCUCUUCUAAGGUUCGAACGAUUCUACCCCACGCUCAUCGCGCUCCAAGUCGGCUUCGAGAAAGAGUACGCGAUCCUGUGGCCGCCUCUCAACGCGCCCUUACUACUCUUCCGGUACUUGAAAGAGCUCGCUUUGCCUCUGGAAUUGUACGAUGCUACCCUUCGGCUGGGCAAACUGCUGGACUACGAUUUCGCGUUCCACACCGAUGGCAAAAAGAGGUUGGGCGUAAGGGACCUGCCCGAAGCGCAGCUUCUCGCUUGCUUUGUGAUGUGCGUUAAGCUCUUCUAUCCCUUCGAUGGCCAGCGGCGAUACCCCACUUCGACAUCGGAACUUGCGACAAGUGUCGUCAAUUGGGAGGCGUGGUGCAGACAAAUGGACCUCGCACGCUUGAAGGGGCGGCCAGGUACCUCAAGCUACACGCCAGAAGAACUCUUGGAGCUAGAGAAGAAAGAUCUCGUAUAUACGACGGAAGAGCUGUUUAAGCUCGAAGUGAAGGACGUGCUGUCCAUGUCAGAGGAGCAAUUGGAUCAGUACAUGGAUUUCUAUCUGGCCAACUUCCUAGACGAGACCCACAUCGAGCCAAACCAAAACAAGGACGACUUUCGAAACAAACUCUACGAAUGGUUUCCCGCAACUACCGAGACUCCCGCGCAGCCAAGGCAAGCAUUGGAUGAAGACAAUAGCGAGGCGAAGCUUGAGGUAGUGAGGGCGGUGCAGAGCAGUAUGAAAUUGAGACCAGCUGUUGCAGAGGAAGCAAAGGGCACCGCGAUUUUAAGGCCAGGGCAGGCGUACAAGAAGCAUAAGAAAGAGGAGAGAUUGCCAGAGCUGCAAAAGAGAUUUUACGAAGAGGCGGCGCGGGUGGCGGGCUUGUCGCUGAAUAUGCUAGUCAUGGCUGUUUCUUCAACGGAGACGAGGGUUGAGAAUUGGAGGAGUACGCAAAGAAAGGGAAAGAAGCUGUUAGAUGAACGCCAGAAGGAGAUACUCCUACAUGGACUCCACGAUCCAGGAAACCCUCAAGUCCAGUCCACCCGAAACUCGGAAGCUCAUAUCGGAGUGUCGUCUAUCGAUGUAUAG